CCCGCUGCACCUCACCUGUCAGGUGGAACCUACGAGGCUGCAACAAGCUGGUGUAGUUACUGGAAAACUAAAAAACAAAAACAGCGCCAUGGAGUCUCCUGUGAAGGAUUCCCCCGUCAGACCGGGUUUUCACAGACUAGAGAUCCAGAAGACGACAUGGGACGUCCCGGAGAGGUAUACGACGCUGCGGUCCAUCGGGUCCGGAGCUUACGGGACAGUGUGCUCCGCCAUGGACCAGAAGACCAAGGAGAAGGUGGCCAUCAAGAAGCUGUAUCGGCCUUUCCAGUCCCUCAUCCACGCCAAGCGAGCUUACAGGGAACUCAGGCUGCUGCGCCACAUACAGCAUGAAAAUGUGAUCUGCCUCCUUGACGUCUUCACACCCGACUCCACGCUGGAGAAAUUCCAGACCUUUUAUAUGGUAAUGCCAUUUGUAGCUCAGGAUCUGGGCCACAUAAUGAAGAAAAGGAGGUUAACUGAUCGCAUCAUCACAUACCUGUUCUACCAGCUUCUAAGGGGCCUGAAGUAUAUUCACUCUGCAGGGAUCAUUCAUCGGGAUCUGAAGCCCGGAAAUCUGGCUGUGAGUGAAAACUGUGAACUAAAGAUCCUGGAUUUUGGCCUGGCAAGACAGACGGAGAGUGAGAUGACUGGUUAUGUUGUGACGCGCUGGUACAGAGCACCAGAGGUCAUAUUCAACUGGAUGCACUACAGCCAGACAGUGGAUGUCUGGUCAGCCGCCUGUAUUCUGGCCGAAAUGAUUACUGGCCAUGUGCUUUUCCCAGGACAUGACAGUAUCGAUCAGCUGAAGAAGAUCCUGCGUCUGACAGGAACGCCAGAUUCCUCCCUGGUGCAGAAGAUGCAGAGUAAAGAUGCACAAUCAUACGUGCAAGGGCUCCCAACACAGAAGAAGAAAAUUUUUAGAGAAGUGUUUCAAUCCAUGGAUGACCACGCUGUAGACCUGCUGGAGGGGAUGUUGCUGCUGGACCCUGAGAUGAGGCUAACGGCUACACAGGGGCUGUCCCACCCCUUCCUGGCUGAAUAUCAUGAUCCAGAGUGUGAACCGGACUCUGAGCUCUAUGACGACUCCUUCGAGAGCCUGGAACUCGCUGUUGGAGAAUGGAAGAGUCUUAUCCACAUGGAGAUCAUGACCUUCGACCCCGACAAUCCCAGAAAGACAGCCGUGUAGGACGCUGUAUUUGCUGACACCUCCCAGUGUUUGGUUAUCAUACAUGCACUUACUGGAUAGGUCAACAGCUUGGAGAAACAAAUACAGAACAAUAUCAACUAUCUUGAAAGUAUUUUUUUCAGUGCAUCUGAUAUGUAUUGCAAUUGAAAUGCAUUUUACUGAAGGGCAGCUUUUCUUGGUAUGGUGGCCUGUACAGGGCAACAGAAAGCAGUAAUGUUGUUCAAAUUGUCUAAAGGCACAGUUUGCCAGCACUUCAGAUUAAAUCAAAAACACUAAACCACUGGAUUCGAAAGUUCUGUCCUCUCAUUUCAGUGAGACUACAAUAUUUUGGCUAAACACCUUUAAAUCAAGGCCAACUUAAAAGCAUUUCUCAAAGACAAAUGUCUGUCUGUUCUUUUGACCACAUCUCAAGGUUUUCAUCAGCAGGACAUCUCACUGUUUUGACUGUAAAAAUGCUUGACCUCAAAGGCUGUGAAAAAAAUCUAUAAAUGAUCAUUAGUUACGGUCAAAGAUCGACCUUUACACUUUACAUAGGAGUUAUUUUUUAACCGCUAUUCGAUAGGUGGUAAAUGAAUUGUGUGGAAAUAGUAUCAAGCUCAUAAGUUGAGAAAGAAAAAAAAAAUCUCAGUUUCAUUUGAACUUUGUUUUUUGCUGCAUAAACUUGUGUCUGAUUUUGUCUUUUUUUUUUGUAAUAGAUUUGUUAUAUGUAAUGGCUAUACAGUGCAAUUUCUCUUCAUUUCUCUUGUUAUUUCAUCCCGAUCUUUACAUCUGUUCAUUAAUAUUUUUGGCUGUUCUAGUCUCAGUCAUCUGUUAUAAAUAAAACAUUUCUAUAAUGACGAAA